AUGGCAGUGAAAUGGAUGGGUGGACAUUCCUCCUCGAUCCUGUGCUUGGCUGUGAGCACGGAGGGGCUGGUGGCUUCAGGAGCAGAGGGAGGCGAGCUCACGCUCUGGGACGCGGGGGGCACCCCGGCAGGACGGCUCCAGCUCCCGGGGGCGGACGAUGUGACCUCUCUGGUCUUCGCUCCCCUCCGUCCCACGAGGCUGUACUCCUCCCACGGAGAAACGAUCAGUUUGCUGGAUGUCAGAUCCCUCAAGGAGCCCGUUGAAAGCUUCCACGUGAACGAGGAGGAGAUCAACUGCCUCUCAGUGAACGAGAGCGACAGCUUCCUGGCUGCGGCAGAUGACUCGGGGACCAUACAGGUUAUAGACCUGGAGAGCAAGAAAGUCAGACGGGCCUUGAGACAUUCAAACAUCUGCUCCUCUGUUGCCUUCCGACCUCAGAGGCCUCAAAGCCUUGUGUCCUGUGGACUGGACAUGCAGGUGAUGCUGUGGAACCUGCAGAAAGCUCGUCCCUUGUGGACCACAAACCUGCAGGAGUGUGAAAUGGGGGAAGACAGUCCCCAGUCAGCUGGCCAGUUCUUUAACCCUCCACUUGCACAUUCCCUCUCCGUCGCAUCGUGUGGCAACAUCUUCGGCUGUGGAGCCCAAGAUGGUAAAGUCAGAAUAUUCAGAGUCACCAGUACCAAGUUUGAAGGUGAGCUGGAGUUUCAGGCUCACAGCUUGGGAGUGUCACAGGUUCUCUUUAUGCCAGAAGCAUAUUGGCUGUUGACUGGAGGAAAUGAUGGGAAAGUCUUGCUCUGGGACAUCAGCAGUGAUGUUGGAAAGCAGCAGAAAAGUCCAGCAAAAUCUCCACUGAGAAGAAAGGCCCAAGCAACUGCUUCCACCAAAAAAGAUGGCAACCUCCAUAAAGUGGCUUCAAGUCAACAUGCUAGAGUUUUACCAAAGCUAACCAUUGAGCAUGGAGAGAAGGUGAACUGGAUCUCAUACACAGAGAUCAAAGGCUCCAAGAGAGUAUUGGUUGCUGAUCAGACCAGUUCUGUAUCUGUGUAUCCCUUGCCAGAACCUUAG